GAUUAACACCUGACAUCCAAUAGAGGGAUUUGAGUCCCUCAGGUCAGCUUUAUGAUUUCGAGCUGGGAGUCAGACUGCAGUCUGAACUGCUUGGCUGACGGAAGAACAUGAGCAGGUCAAGCCUUCUCAACCUCAGGAGCCUGGGCAAGAUCUGUGGCUCAAGCCAGAGCAAUGAAAUGGUGGUUCUGGACCGGGUGAAGAGGAAGAACACUGUGAGGCGCAUGUCAAUAAUUGAAGAUGGGGAACUUGCAGAGGUUCUCUACCUGAUUCCCAAACAGUCCAUGAUGGAGCAGCUGCCGUUCCUCAAUCCCGAGGACUACAUCCUGUGUGAAAAGUUGGCGGGUAUUCCUGCAGAGCUGUCCGUGCUACACACCCAGGAGACCUGUCAGCCCUGUCCACCUGCAGAAAAGCAGGAGAUCCAGUGCUUCAGGUGCGGAGGGUCUUGCAAAGGAGAAGUGCUGCGAGUCCAGAGCACCUACUUUCACCUAAGGUGUUUCACGUGCAAGGUGUGUGGCUGUGACUUGGGCCAGAGUGGCUUCUUCAAGAGGAAUGGGGACUACCUUUGCCCGCUGGACUUCCGGCGGCUUCACGGCACACUUUGUACCAACUGUGGGGAAUUUGUAGAGGGGGAGACGGUCACCGUCUUGGGGAAGACCUACCACCCAGCCUGUUUUGCGUGCACAAUUUGCAGAAUGCCCUUCCGUGCUGGAGACUGCGUCACCUUCAGGGGAAAAGGCUGCCUCUGCCAGCGCUGCGUUGAACCCGUGUCUCCUCCUAAUCAAAUCACUCACUGCAAUAAUUGCGCUGGUUGUGGUAGAGACAUCAAGAACGGCCAAGCUCUGCUAGCUCUUGGUGGUCAGUGGCAUCUUGGCUGCUUCAAGUGUAAAACCUGUGGGAAGGUCCUGAGUGGAGAAUAUAUCAGCAAAGAUGGUGCUCCGUACUGUGAGAGGGACUAUCAGAGUCAAUUUGGGGUUAAAUGUGACGCAUGUCAGAGGUUCAUAACAGGAAAAGUGCUUGAGGCCGGGGACAAACAGUUUCACCCAAACUGUGCAAGGUGCAGCCGAUGUGGUAAAAUGUUCACAGAGGGAGAAGAGAUGUACCUACUAGGAUCAACAGUCUGGCAUCCAAGCUGCAAAGACAUCAGCAGAACUGAUGACGUUUAUAGGGUCAGCAGGCCAAAAACCCCCGUCCUCGAUUACUAUUUCCCCUCACGUGAACUGAAGCCCAACAGAUCAUCAUCAGAAAGCUCGUGUUCCAGGCCGGGCUCGUGCACUCCGGGCAGCCCUGGAACUAUCUGUGCAAAAGUAGAUAAUCAGAUCAUUGAUUACCGAGAUUUAGCAGCAAUUCCCAGAGUCAAGGCUAUAUUGGACAUAGAGUAUCCUGAUAUGAUGUCUUAUAAGUCUGUGAACGACAACUACUCUGCUUUGGAAGAAAAAAGCAUCAUAAAGGAGAGACAAAGCCCUGCUGAGUCCCCGUCGAACAUACCUGUAACAACAGAGGAAAGUCUUGAAACAAAAACAUGCGUGCCAAAAUCUACAAGUCAUGGCUCAUUUGGAGGUCAUAACCGGCCCUACCUUCAUGGUUAUGCUCCUGGUCUGUCCAGAUCGCCACAACACUUCCACCGACCAGGCUCAGCACUUUCUUCUCCUAUACUAUCUGGAAACAAAAAUGACACCUGCACUUCUCCUUUAUGUCACCAAUUUCCCUCUCAGUCCCAAGCAGGUGAAGGCUUUGAUAUGUACAAGAGGCCUCCUAUUUAUAAACAGCAAGAUCAAAGUUCCUCCACAUCCCACACAGCCUCUCUGCCAAGAUACGGUCACACUUUCAUGAAUCUGCCUCAGUCUGCUGAUUUCUGCCGUAACUACAGUGACAGAUUCAGCUUCAAGGUAUGUGGGAGUAACUGAUGCUCGUGAAUUCCUGGUCACGCUUCUUUUACCUGACUGGUUACCUGCAUCACAUCGUAGUCUCCAUUUGCAUGUUUGCCAUACAUCAUUUUUGUCUGUAGUGGCUGCACAGGUCUUUAAUCUGCCAUCACCUUUCCCAUUUGCACGUGUUUUGCUUCAUCCUGCAGCUCACCCGCGAUGAACAACUUCUACUAACACGAAUGGAAAGAGGAGUGUCCAUGCCUAAUUUGCUGGAAGCAAA